AAUGACCAUUUCAAAGAGAACUCCAACUAGUAGCCACCUGAUCUAUGAAAUGAAAAUGAAAUGCUCUGUUGAUGCAGCAACGAACGCACGAGAUGAGCAUGCAACUUGUGGGGCGCCUCCUUGGAUCGGUAGAGGCCUUACUUGUGUUUGCUUCAACAGGAAAGGGGUCUAUCAACGCAUCUUCGUCAACCUAACUCCUCAACAGGUAUGCUGUAACUGCGUUAAUGGUUGAAAGCAUUAGGAAGUUCAGAAAUGUGGCUAUGGGCAAGCCCAGAAUAGGGCUUCUGCUUACCUGCACUUGAUUUAAGAAAGAUACACAGUCUAGCUGGUACCCUUCACACACAGUGGUACCCUCUAUAAUGGCAAUGACAACAGCCGUAUUUCGACCAAGGAUCAAGCCAACCAUAGCCAAUGCAAAUGACUAAUACACUUGAGGAAAGAGUGAGAAGAUUGAAGCAUCGGAUGAAGGUCCAUUUCGAUACUUCUAGGACCGAUCAUCAGGCAGCUCUAAGAGCACUAUGGUCAGCCACAUAUCCUGACAUAAAGCUAUGUGGAUUAGUAUCCGACCAAUGGAAAGAAAUGGGAUGGCAGGGGAAAGAUCCUUCUACUGAUUUCAGGUUGGGAGCUGGAUUUAUCUCUCUGGAGAACCUAUUGUUCUUCGCCAAGACAUUUUCGAUAUCAUUCCAACGGUUACUGAAAAAGCAAGGAGGGAAGAGGUCAGCCUGGGAGUAUCCAUUUGCUGUUGCAGGUGUAAAUGUGACGUUCAUGAUCAUGCAGAUGCUUGAUCUUGAUGCUACAAAGCCUAGGACAUUUGUGAGAUCAGUUUUCAUGCAGAUGUUAUCAGAAAAUGAGUGGGCAUUCGACUUGCUCUAUUGUGUGGCAUUUGUGAUUAUGGACAAGCAAUGGCUAGAGAGGAAUGCAACUUACAUGGAGUUCAAUGAGGUUUUGAAGUCAACUAGAGCUCAGGUGGAAAGAGAGCUUCUAAUGGACGACGUUCUACGAAUCGAAGACAUGCCAUCUUAUACACUUCUUUGUUAGCAGCAGCAACAAAAUAACCAACUGAAGAAACAUCAAUAGUUCGAAGGAUGGUGGAGUAGCACUUACCUCCGAUAUAGUAAUUGGCUAACAUUUUAUUUGUACGAACUCCUCUCAUGUUUCUCGCUCUUCUCCAAGAGAGUGUCCUUGAAGAUAGCUAGCCUGUAACUGCCAUUGUGGUAAGCCAAAUAAGGACCAAAUAUUAUCCUUGUGUACGGCUCACACCGAUCUUCUCUGUAUCGUUCCAAUAAAAUUGGAUGUCCACGAAGGGAUGAUCAAACUACUAACGGUUGGAAGUUAUAAUGGCUAUUAUAGGUGAAAGCACAAGAAAUGUGGCGAAUGACAAACCCAUAAUUGGGUUCUACAUCCCCCUAAGGCCUAAACUUCAAAACA